AUGUUCGAAAUGUCCGUCCCAGUCACAGGAAAAUCCGGCAACGAGGAGCGCGCCACAAGAUUGGAGAAUGAGUUUGAGAAGCGCCCCGAUCCGGUAGCUCUCACUCACAACCCAGAUCCCUCGAAGAACUCAUCCUCUGGCGUGGAUUACGAACCGUACCCAGAGAAGUCCAUCCCGCUUGAGCCAGAAAAAGAGAAGAUCGUGCAAACGAUAUGCAACUUGUACUCAGGCAGCGCCAGCAAGGAGGACAUGACUGUCUACGCCGAAGAAUCAAUCUACGAUGACCCGUGGAGCUACUGCGACACGCGUUACAAGAUUGCGGGCCAGUGGUAUGGCAUCCCGAAGAUUAUGAAGUCGAGCAGGACCAUCAAGACUCAGGUCGUGUCGUCAAAGCCAGAUGAGAUCAUCUUCAAGCUGCAACAAGAGUACACACCAAAGCCGAUGCCCAUUGCGAAGAAGGUGAACAGCUUGGUCACUUUGACUCUCGAUCAAAAUGGAAAAGUCAGGUACCACAAGGACAUGUGGAACGAGAAAGACUACAGCCACGAAGGUCUUGGCAAGAUCAUGAAGGAGCUCAACGGGGAUCAUUUGACGAAAAUUACGCAGCCACCGGAGGACUUGUAA